UUAAAAAUUGAAAAGAAACCCCCAUUUCUUGGAACCCUAAAUGCAACUUGUCUAUCUUCAUCUAUCUGGCUUGUUAAAUCUUCAAAUCUGUUAAUUUAACACGGAAAAAUCACUCACUGUUGACAGAAAGGAGCAAGAAGAAGAUAAAAAUCCUUCCUUUUGAGUUUUUUUUUUCUCUUCAAAUAUGCAAUCCUAUCUUAGUUCCCAUUUAGAGGAGUAAAAGUUUUAUAUGGCUAUAACUUCACCGCUAAAACCAUUACAAAACCCUAAUUGUCCCUAUUCUUCAUUCCAGAAAAACCAAUUUUUUCUCCAAUUCUUUAUUCUUGAUGGCGACAGAAGCUACCACAACAAAUUUCCAAAAUUCAGACUUCAGGCCAGUCCCACAGCCACCGGAUUUUCACCCGGAAGUGAUCGUGAGUCCCCACGACGGGCUCCACUUUUGGCAGUUCAUGAUUGCUGGUUCCGUUGCCGGCUGCGUUGAGCAUAUGGCUAUGUUCCCUGUUGACACCGUCAAGACUCAUAUGCAAGCCCUCGGCUCUUGCCCCAUCAAAUCGGUGGGUGUACGUCACGCGCUCCGUUCCAUUCUCAAAUCUGAAGGACUCCCGGGCUUAUAUCGGGGAAUCGGGGCCAUGGGACUUGGGGCUGGCCCUGCCCAUGCCGUCUACUUCUCUGUAUACGAGGUUUGUAAGAAGUAUUUUUCCGGUGAGAACCCGAAUAACUCGGCGGCUCAUGCUGUAUCCGGUGUUUGCGCGACGGUAGCAAGCGACGCCGUUUUUACGCCCAUGGAUACGGUGAAACAAAGGUUACAGUUGGGCAAUAGUGCUGCUUAUAGAGGGGUGUUUGAUUGUGUUAAGAAAGUUUUGAAAGAGGAAGGUUUUGGGGCGUUUUAUGCUUCCUACAGGACAACAGUGCUCAUGAAUGCACCGUAUACUGCCGUUCACUUCACAACUUAUGAGGCAUUGAAAAGGGGUUUGAUUGAGAUUUCACCAGAGAGUGUAAGUGAUGAGCGGGUGAUUGUCCAUGCAACGGCUGGUGCUCUUGCUGGGGCUUCUGCUGCCGUUAUCACUACACCACUUGAUGUAGUCAAAACUCAGUUGCAGUGUCAGGGUGUAUGUGGGUGUGAUAGAUUUAAGAGUAGUUCUAUUGGAGACGUGGUCAAAACAAUAAUGCGAAAAGAUGGGUACAAGGGCCUCAUGAGAGGAUGGAUUCCCAGAACGCUUUUCCAUGCUCCUGCUGCUGCAAUCUGCUGGUCAACAUAUGAAGCAGCAAAAGCAUUCUUCCAAGAAAUCAAUGCUAGCAGUAAAAGUGGCACGUAAGGAAUUGCAAACAAUGUAUUGUGCAGCUGCACGAGCAGCACCCGAAGCAAUGGGGUUGACACAGGAUGGGAAAACAAUACAUAUACUUUCAGGCAUGUUGCGGGUCUAUUUAACUGGUAUCCGAAGAGUGUAUACAUUGCUAUUUGUUAUAAUAAUAAAUGUUAAUGGUCCUAUAAAAUGGUGAGAUGAUUAUUUGUGUUUGGUUUCACGAGAAUUAGAGGUAGAAAGUUUUGAGUUUUAGCUGGAAGAUUUGAGUAUUGAAAUUGAAAUGUUAUUUUUGCAAGCGGAAGAUUAUGUGCUAGUGUUUGUUGAUUAGUUUUGUCAUUUAUUGUUAUUGACGAGUAGAUGAGUAGCCCUCUGGCAGGACAUUCGGUGUUCAAUGGAAGUAUGCUUUCUGUUCC